UUAUUUAAUGGUUCAAGUUAGUGCGCCGCAAUCGCAGCACUUUGUUCUUUUCUCUUUUUCUAAAUGAUUUUAUGAUUCAUUUGUAUUCCUUCAUUUUUACCGUAGAUAUCUUGCUCAUUUUUACAAUGGAAGCGGUAGCAACCGCUUUUCUAUCUGCAUCCUUGGAGUGGUUAAUGGACAAGUUGGGUUCCAAGUCCAGUGAGUUAUGGAAUCGACAGAAGCAGGUUCGUGAUGAGUUGCAAAAUUGGAAGAGUCUUUUGCCCAAAAUAUGGGUUGUGCUUGAUGAUGCGGAGAAGAGGCAAACAGCCAAUCCUGCUGUGGAGAUGUGGCUUUCUGACAUCAGAGAUUUGGCUUAUGAUAUGGAGGAUGUCCUUGAUGGACUAGAGGCUGAUGAACGAAGAAAGAAAUUGACUGCCAAAACUGAUAGACCCUGCACAAGUAAGGCGCGACAACUGAUUCCCUCGUGCUUCACUGGUUUUAAUCUCGAUGUUUUCAUCCCUGGUUGUGAGGCUGUUUCCAAGAUAAAGGAGAUUUCUGGCAGACUGGAACGUGCUGUGAGAGAGAAGGAAGCCCUGGGCUUGAAAGUUGAAGAGGCCGGAACUAGCGUAACAGCUCCACGAUGGGAGCCGGCCACUACUUGGUUGCCUGAACCUUAUGUUUAUGGUCGGGAAGGCGACAAAAAUGCCAUUCUUCAAAAGUUGUUGAAUGAUGAAGGUGGUGAUGAAAACCCUUGUGUGAUUCCCAUUGUUGGCAUGGGUGGACUAGGGAAGACCACAUUGGCUCGACUUGUUUACAAUGAUGAUAGACUGAACGGUGUGUUCGAGCCUAAAGCUUGGGUUUGUGUAUCUGAUGAAUUUGAUAUUCUUCGAAUAACAAGAUCUAUUCUUGAACAAAUAACUCAAAAUAAGUGUGACUCUGAAGAUCCUUCUGUACUUCAAGGGAAGGUAAACAAUAUGUUAUCUGGAAGGAAGUUUCUACUUGUACUGGAUGAUGUUUGGAGUGAGGACUAUAGAUGUUGGGAUGUAUUGCGAAGAAUUUUUGUAUCAGCAGCAGUCGGAAGUAAAAUAGUUGUUACAUCACGCAUCGAAGCUAGACACGCACUGGAAAGGGAGAACUUUGAUGCACACUUGAAACUCAAAGAUAUUGGCGUUGAAAUUGUAAAGAGGUGCAAAGGGUUGCCAUUAGCUAUAAAAACCCUUGGAGGACUCCUUCGUGGUGAGCUAAAUCCUAACAAGUGGGUCACGGUGUUAAAGAGUGAGAUGUGGGAAUUACCAGAAGGAAGAAGUCACAUUCUUCCAGCUUUGAGAUUGAGCUAUCAUCAUCUUCCUGCUCAUCUAAAAAAAUGCUUUGUCUAUUGUGCUAUUUUCCCAAAAGAUCAUGAAUUUCGCAAGGAUGAUUUAAUUUUAUUAUGGAUGGCUGAGGGAUUUUUGCAACAACAGAAGAAUGGAGUGCGGCAACUGAAAGGCACAGGGGAUGAAUACUUUUCUGAUUUACUAUCAAGAGGGCUUUUCCAACAAUCAAGCAAUAAUCAAUCAUACUUUGUCAUGCAUGACCUUGUGCAUGAUUUAGCUGAAUAUGUUGCAGGAGAAACAUACUGCAAUCUUGAAAAUCUGAUACAGAGUGAGAAAAUGAAGGUUAGUUUUGAGAAGGCACGCCAUGCGUCAUGCUCUAUUUAUGGAGUUUAUUAUUCUAAAAUAUCUUGGUUUCUGCAAAAGCCCAAUAAUUUGCGGACAUUCCUAGUAUUAGCUCGUGAUUGGGAACGGUUUCCUGUGGAUGGAUUUUAUCAGGAUUUCAUACAAAAAUUAAGAUGCCCAAGGGUCAUAUCUUUGUAUGGUUGGACAAUAUCAGAGCUUCCAAAUUCAAUUGAGAAAUUGAAGCAUUUGCGCUACAUAGAUUUGUCAUUCAGUGCAUUACAAAGUUUACCAAAUUCUGUGAGGUCUCUUGUGUACUUGCAAACAAUGAUACUAUACGAGUGCUACCAAAUCACGGAGUUGCCAGUAGGAAUUGUGGAUUUAGUUGACUUACAUCAUCUUGAUAUUAGGGGUACAUCUAGCUUACAAAAGAUGCCACCCCAAAUGGGAAAUUUGAAAAAUCUUUUGAUGUUGCCUAAAUUUAUUGUGGGAGAAUCUGGUGGGCUGAGAUUAAAAGAGUUAAGCUACUUGAAGGAUCUACAAGGUGAGCUACUUAUCAAAGAUCUCCAUAAUGUCUCCGAUAUUCAAGAUGCCAGUAAGGCCAGCCUAUUUCAGAUCGAGGGCCUUGAAGAGCUAACAUUGGCAUGGACUAAUGACUUCCAGACUUCACGAGAUGAAAGUUAUGAAUUGCAGGUACUCAGUCAAUUAAAGCCUCAUUCCAAUUUGAAAAGAUUCAAAAUUGAUUCAUACGGAGGCUUGGAAUUCCCUUCUUGGAUGGGCGAUCCAUUAUUUUCUAAAUUGGAGUACUUGGAACUCAAUCAUUGUAAGAGAAGCACUUUAUUGCCAAGGCUUGGACAAUUACCACAACUCAUGCGGCUUGAGAUCAAAGGAUGCCCUCAAUUAACUUACUCACCAAUGAGUCUUCCAUCACUUCAGGAACUGUAUCUGCAGGAUUGUGAAGAGGCAGUUCUCAGGAGUGUAUAUGAUUCCACUUCACUCACCAAGUUGAGUAUUAGCAGAAUUUCAGAGCUUACUUGCUUGCCUAGGAGCAUCACACAAAACAUGACCACACUUGAGACUCUAAAAAUUGGAAAAUGUGGUGAGCUUAUUUCCUUAUUGGAGGAUGGAGACAGUCUGUCAAGCUUGUCCAGUCUUAAGAGGAUGAAUAUUGAGUACUGUCAUCUCCUAGUAUCAUUAACAGACCUUCUACCUCAUACCCUUGAAUCUUUGACCAUCUAUAAUUGUGACAACCUUGAACGCCUACCGAAUGGACUGCAUAGCCUCACCUCUUUAAAAAGUUUGUAUAUCGACAGAUGCAGAAAGUUCAUCGGCUUUCUGAUGACUGACUUCCCGUUAUAUCUCCAACACCUUCAAUUAGUUGGUUUGGAGGCUUUGGAGUCAUUACCUGAUGAGUUGAUGAUGACAACAGAAAGAUUAUAUAUUUGUAAAUGUCCAAGCCUCAAAUCUUUUUCAACAGGUGAGUUAGUUGCCAGACUUGAAGAGUCCAUUAUUGAGAAUUCUGAAAAAUCUGAGUUCCUACGGGAGGGUGAUGAUAGCAGCACUGUGACAGUGAAUCUCGAAAGAACAAGUAUUUCUGGUGUGGGAAAACCCAAUUUCCCUAUUGAUUGCAUGCACAAUCUCAGUCGUCUCUGCUCCUUACUUAUAUUUGAUUGUAAAAGUUUAGAGUCCUUGCCAGAAAGGUUGCUGUCUACCUCCACUCUUAAAACUCUGAAGAUGUCAGGUUGUGAUAAUCUUGAGUCUCUGCCCAAUGGGAUGUACAACUGCACGUCUCUCCAAGAACUAGAGAUAAGUAAAUGUCCAGGUAUAGCAUCCAUUGCAGGGAGAGGUUUACCACCGAAUCUUGAAUGGCUUGUGAUCGAUUGUGAGGGCUUGAAGCAGUCAAUGUUAGAAUGGGGGCUUGACAGGCUUACGUCUCUUGAGAAAUUUGAGAUUCAUCGGAUAUGUCCUCCAGAUGAUUUGCUUCCCACCUCCCUAAAAACUCUUUCAAUAAAAAGAGUUGGUAAUCUGGAAUCCAUAACUAAAGGGCUCCUCCAAAAACUUGCUUAUCUUCAAAAGUUGACAUUUAAUGAUUGCCCAAAUCUCAAGACCUUGCCAAAGGAAGGUCUGCCUCCCUCAUUGGAAGUGUUCGAAAUCAGAGGCUGUCCACUUCUAGAACAACGAUGCUUGAAGGAAAAAGGAGACUAUUGGCCCCUUAUAUCCAACAUUCGGGAAAUAAAUAUAUCGCCGAUUGCUCUCAGGUACAAGAAUGUCCUACAACAUCCUCAACAUACCUUGGCGACGAAGGGCAUGAAGAUACCUGAAGUUGUGAACAUUGCUGGAAUCGGUGCAUUUGAGCAAAUUUUGAAGCUGAAUCUAAUGUGGAACUGGUGGACAUUGAUACUGCAGAUGCUGGCAUCAAACAGAAUGUAGAAAAUGCAUAAGAGAGAGGAGUUGCAGUCUUAAGUCAGUGCCAAAUGCAGAAGCUUAUGAUACUCUUUAUUAAAGUUUGUUAUUUGAGAAACAUUUGACCAAGUUGAUUAUUGGAAGCUGGAUUCUUUUUCUUUUUAAACCUAAUAUGAUGACACUACUGUCUGUAAAAACACAAAGGCCAUGGAGCAUUUAUGGCUUCCCACUACUUAUUUGGCUCAUUUUUGUUCUUUUGAUACAGUUUGGCUUGUUAUGUUUCUAGAUUAUUGGCAUCUUCCCACUACUGGUGAUGUUCACGGAAAAAUUUUGAGCAUUGGCCCUUCCUGGUGUCUGUUUCCUCUGACAGCUCACAGAAAUGGACCUAUAAAUGCCAGAGACAUUU